AUGGCCCCUGCACAAUCUCAAUCUGCCGCCCGCUUUUCCAUCGGAGGACUAGCAGUAGCAGUAGCAGCACUAGUGGUGCUAUCGGCCUCCCCAAGCCUGGCCAACGGCGAUACUGAUACGGAUCUCGCCUCGCUGCUGGCUUUCAAAGCACAGCUCUCCGACCCUCCUGGUGUCCUUGCUACCAACUGGACCGUCGCCGAUGGCGGCGGGUCCUCAUUCUGUGGCUGGGUAGGCGUCACGUGCAGCCGCCGCCGGCAGCGGGUCACCGCCUUGUCGUUGCCGGACGUUUCCCUCCUUGGAAACCUUGCUCCUCACGUCGGUAAUCUUUCCUUCCUUUCUUUUCUCAACCUCACCAACACCGGUCUCACAGGCUCUAUCCCGGCUAAUCUUGGUAGGUUACGGAGGCUUAGGUAUCUGCUUCUUAGUAAUAAUGCCUUGUCCAAUGGUAUCCCUCCCGCCCUCGGCAAUCUCACCAGCCUCCAGUUUCUCGAAUUAGGUCGCAACAUGCUCUCCAGUCAGAUCCCUCCUGACUUGUUUUUGCGUAUGCCUAAUCUUGCACAAAUUUCUUUGAAAGGAAAUCAUUUUAGUGGCCGAAUACCACCCCAAAUGUUCAAUAACACGCCUGUCUUGAAAUACAUCCACUUCGGAAACAACAGUCUAUCGGGUCCUAUACCUGAUGGUAUUUCAUCCCUAUCCAUGCUGGAAUUGCUCAACUUGCAGUUCAAUCACCUCUCAGGCCCUGUCCCGCAAGCCAUAUACAACAUGUCCAACCUGCAUGUCUUGCUACUCCCGUACAACAACCUAACCGGUCCAAUUCCAGACAACCGAAGUUUCAGCCUACCAAUGUUGCAACAAAUUUCCCUUGGCGUGAACAAAUUCUCUGGACCAUUUCCAUCUGGGCUUGUAACAAGCUAGUACCUAGAAGUAAUUUCUCUA